AUGCCUCUUACGUUGACCGCCCGUGCACUCAGAGCAGGUUGCUCGUUCCGUGCUGCGCGAAUCAGUGGUAUCCGUGCAAUGGCGGUUGCUGCCGGUAUAGGCAAAGGCGAGAGUAAUGUGCGCCCGCCGCCUGACCAAGUGAUGCAAGACAUGGCCGACUACGUGCAUUCUUACGAUAUUCAAUCUAGCACUGCCUACAAUACAGCACGUCUGUGCCUUUUGGAUUCUUUAGGCUGUGCGAUAGAGGCACUGCGCUUUCCUGCAGUACGUUCUGUGUGUGGACCUGUGGUGGAUGGCACCAUCGUGCCGAACGGAGCUCAUGUUCCUGGCACAAACUACGUGCUGGACCCGAUCCGUGCCGCCUUCAACAACGGAGCACUUAUUCGCUGGCUCGACUUCAAUGACACUUGGCUUGCGGCUGAGUGGGGCCACCCAUCCGACAACCUAGGUGCCAUUCUGGCGGUAGCCGAUUGGGUCUCACGCACGAAUGUCGCUAAGGGGCAGGCACCCCUGACUGUAAAAGAUGUGCUGACAGCCGCCAUCAAGGCCCAUGAAAUACAAGGUAACAUGGCGAUCGAGAAUAGCUUCAACCGCGUGGGACUCGACCACGUUGUCCUCGUCAAAGUUGCAAGUGCCGCUGUCGUCUCUAAGCUGCUCGGCCUCACGCGCGAGCAGACUAUCGACUCGAUAUCACAGGCCUUUGUGGAUGGUCAGUCACUUCGCACAUACCGACAUGCCCCAAAUGCGGGAUCGCGCAAGUCCUGGGCUGCUGGUGAUGCAUGUGCGCGAGCUGUGCAUCUUGCGCUUCUAGUGCAGCGUGGCGAGGGUGGCUACAACUCGGUACUCACAGCCAAGACGUGGGGCUUCUACGACGUCCUGUUCAAGGGCCGUGAGUUCCAAUUCCAACGACCCUACUCUUCUUAUGUGAUGGAGAAUGUCCUGUUCAAGCUUGUGCCGGCAGAGUUCCAUGCGCAAACGGCCGUAGAGGCGGCAGUUCAGUUGCAUCACAAGCUACGAGAUAUGGGCAAGACCAGUGACGACAUUAGGAGUAUCAAGAUCCGGACGCAGGAGGCAGCGAUCCGUAUUAUCAGCAAGCAGGGCACGCUGAACAAUUACGCAGACCGUGAUCACUGCAUUCAGUACAUGGUGGCUGUCCCGCUGAUCAAGGGCAGCUUGGAACCUAGCGAUUACACGGAUGAAUUCGCAGCUGAUUCCCGCAUUGAUGCGCUGCGUGAGAUCACGACUGUGGAGGAAGAGCCACGCUACUCGAAAGAGUAUUUAGAGCCCGAGAAGCGCUCGAUUGGCAAUGCUGUGUCCGUUGAACUGAAGGAUGGUACCAAGCUCGAUGAAGUGGCUAUUGACUACCCAGUAGGUCAUGCUCGCCGGCGUGAUGAGGCUGUGCCACUUAUUGCAAGCAAGCUGCAGAAACAUCUUACUGGCAUGUUCAAUGAUGCAGAGAAGGAGCAGAUUCUUUCCCUUCUGACCGAUCACGAGCGUCUGAUAUCGAUGCCUGUGCAUGAGUUUACUGACCUCUGGACACGUGCCUAA